AUGAUCGCAUUCCUGAGCGACAUCGUCGCAGGAACGGAAUGUGGUUCGAGCUCAGACAGCCUAUCCUGCCUUCGCGCCGCCGACGUGGACACUUUACAAACAUUGAACUACAAUAUAAGCUUGGCAGUAUAUUAUGGCACUUAUAUUUUUGUUCCCGUUGUCGAUGGUACCUUCAUUGUCGAACGCCCGACCGUCACAAUCACGAGCGGACAUCUCAACGGAGAAGUACUUUUAGCGGUGACCAAUUCACACGAGGGAAAUGAUUUUGUUGAUCAAUCACUUACGAUGGAAAUAUCGGACUUCGUUUCCACACUGUUCCCUGACGUUCAACCCUGGCAGGCUGCACUAGCAACUCCUUUGUAUCAGGGCCUUGGUACCAACGUAGAGCAAGCUAACUACGCAAUGGGCGAAUCCAUCUUCAUUUGUCCUACUUACUACCUCCUCAAAACUUUCGGUAGCAAAGGGUGGAAGGGCGAAUUCGCUAUCCCACCUGCACUUCAUGGCAAUGAUCUUAGCUAUUACUUCACAUCUGAUGGCCCUCCAUAUGAUAACUCCGAGUUCAUCACCGCCUUCUCGAACGGGUUUAUGGCUACAGCUAUGACCAUGAACCCUAACGACAAGUACAAUUCCAGCGACAUCACUCCUGCAUGGAGUACCUGGGUGUCUGGACAUACAGAAAUGAUGUUCAACGAGACGGAGGCUGGCGCACCGAAUGUGUAUACCUACACGACGGACGAUGCGCUACUCGAGCGUUGCCUCUAUUGGCUGAGCCUCUCUGCGUAUACGGCACAGUGA